UCUUUUCCUCCUGCUUCACCAUCAUUACCAACACAAGUGCAUGGUAAAGCUUCAUCAAAUGCAUUACAUACAAGGCAAUACAGUUGUGGCCCAGUGUUAGAUAACCGAGCAAGCAGGCGCUUUGAGGAUGACUUGAAGGAAUUCUGUGGCAGCAAAAUGGAUGAUUCUCCAGAUUUGGAUACAAAACCUGCAGGCCCCUCAAAGCUUUUAUCAAGAGGAAAAUCUGUUAGGACUUUUAGAGCUAGUGGGCUUAGAAGUGAGGCUAAAGCAACUGGGGAGAAGCGUGAAAGCCAUUCAAGGAAAAGGGCAGCCAGCAGAAUUGAUGAAGUUGAAGCAGUUCAUGUGGAUAAAAGUGAGCCAAAGACUGGAGGACUCGAUAAUCUGUCACCAGCAGGCUUCAGUUGGCAAACUCUCAGUGGUAGUCCUCACAUGCCAAAGACUACAUCCUCUGGAUAUCAAAACAUGGACAAACAAGAAUGUUGUGAGAACACUGCUUCUGCUUUAGAGUCUGGAGAGGACUCAGAGAGUGUGGAUGAGAAUAUUGAAGUAAUGUCUAAUGAAGAAGCUGCAUCUGAAAAUGCAGGAGAUGUCGGGAAUGAAGUUUUUGAGGUCGAUAAGAAAGCAGGGGAAUUCAUAGCCAAGUUCAGAGAGCAAAUUAGGCUUCAGAAAUCACCUUCAAUUGACACCCCAAGAGGGAUCAACCUCUCCAGUAACUUGUUCAGGUGAAAUAUAUAGCAGCUUCUUUGGACUAGUUUAACAAAUGGGGUUCUGAACUUCUGAUUAUAUCAGAGAAUACUGAAAUCCCACAUUGGUGGAGUAUGCAAUUCGAGCUUGAAUGUCUUUCUAAGCAUCGGAGAAUUGGUUGGCAUCUCAAUGUGGAUAUCUAAUCUAACCCCAUUUUAUAUUAAGAAACAAUAAUUGAUCUUAAUUAAGUAGUUUUUCAAUACACAUUUUAUUCUCUU